CUGCACCACCGCCAAACUCCGUAAGACAAGAAGAAGAAUGUGUUUCAUUUCCCCGCCAAGGUUGAAGAAUGUGCUGUUUGGAAAGAGGCCACAUAUUGAGAUGACUCAAACCUGUUUCUGUGGAGGAGGUCACUGUGUGUAUGGAAGAGUGCUCUCCCAGAGGUCACAGAAUACACAAUCAAAGGCUUUAUAGUGAUAAGUGCUGUUUCAUUUCUCUUUUUUCUUUUUUUUACCCUAUAUUUUGAGGUAUUAUUUAUUGGUAAUUUGUUUUGAAUCUAUUUUUCAGUUGAAUUAUAUUUAAAGAUCAAGGAAAUCCACUGUUAAGAAGCCUCGGGCAUGGAUGAAGUUGCCAGAGCUGAGGCCAUUGAAUACACCACUGUUGAUGUUCUUAAAGAAUAUGCUUCAAGUGAUGAACCAGUUUUUCUUCUGACUGGGCACAGCAUUCAUCCAGCAUAAAAUUGUGACAACAGAUCAACAUCGACCACUGCCAGCGGUGAAAGUUGAUAUAUGUUGGGACGAUGCAUCGUCAUAUAUGUUUUGUGAAUCUAUUGCACUUUAUGCAGAAUGUAGACAAAAAUAAUUUUGUUUUAAAUCCCAUUGUGUUUUGCAUAGUUGCGCAUUUGUGUUUUAUAUAAGUUGAACACAAUAUGAUUGUGUGGCACCGAUGUACAUAUUAAAAUUAAGUAAAUCCAUUUUACAUAAUAAAAUUGUGUUAGAGUAACAUAAUAUCAUUGAAUAAUACUACCAUUGAGAAAUCAAUUUGGAGUAACGGUUGAAACUCAGCUACCCUGGAGGUGAUGAAAUCACUUUAACCUUACACAAUAAAUUGGUGUUAACAGUAUCUUAAAAAUGUGUUGAAUCAAUAUGAUUCUUAACAAUUUUAAUGUAACUGAAAUACUUGGUUUGACAAGCAAUAACUGAGUGAGGGGGAAAAGAGAAACUUAUGUCAGUUGAACACAAUAUGAUUGUGUGGGACCGAUGUACACAUUAAAAUUAAGUAAAUCCAAAGGAUCUCUUUUUUUCAGUGUGCAUUGUAUUGUACAUUCAUGUGAUCGUCCCUUAGCAUCCAUGGCCUGAUGAUAGUCAAAUUAUUUGUUGUUCUCUUCUAGUUCUCUGCAACAGUCCUGACUCCCACGCGACAAUGGAUGGAAACCAAACCAAAACGAAUGCAUCUCUGUGUCUAUAUUGGCCCAUUGAGUGGCAUUACCUUGCAAGUUAUUGGUACAUCCUGGUCAUCUGUGUGCUUGGAAUUGUCUUUAAUGUGUUUGUGUUGACGGUUCUCUGCCUCCACAAGAAGGCCUGCACUGCGGCGGAGAUCUACUUGAGUAACCUGGCUGCUGCUGACCUCCCUUUGCUGUCUGCUUUACCUUUCUGGGCUCAAUAUGUUGUCAAAGUAUUUGAGUGGCCCUUUGGUAGAGGCCUGUGCAAAAUGGUCAAUGUUUUCAUGAUCAUGAGUGGCUACUGCAGCAUCUACUCCCUCGUUCUGAUUAGCAUUGACCGUUAUUUGGCGCUGGUGUUCCCGUUGUCCCAUGAAAGGCUGCGUAGGCCACUUCUUGCCAAAGUGGGAUGUCUAGUGGUGUGGGUGUUAUCCUUUGUCCUGAGUGUCCCUGAUCUCAUCUACAGGGAUGUUAAGAUAUACUCUGAUAAUUCUACCGUAUGCACAAUAAAUUAUCCAAAUUACGCUACAGAAAUGGGCUGUGAAAUAAUGCAAAUUAUGUUAAUAUUCAUUAUUCCUAUCUUCAUUAUUUCCUUCUACAGUCUUAAAACAUUUCAGGCUCUGAGAAAUAGGCCUAUUGAAGGCGUAAGCGUUCAGAAAAGGGCGAAGAAGGCCACUUUGCUCAUCGUGGCAGCCCUCCUGGUUUUCCUGAUUUGCUGGAUACCAUUCCACAUGAUGGUGAUAAUAUACAUAUUGGAAAAUGUUAAUGUUCUGAUGUUGACAUGUAACACUUUAAUCUUUAUGUACGUCUGGUACCCAAUCUCCAUGUACCUAAAGAUAUUCACCAGUGUUCUCAACCCCAUUCUCUACGUCUUUGUGGGGAAAAACUUCCGCAAAAAAGUUAAGGAAAUCAGCAAGUGUCAGAAAUGAGGAUGUCUCACACCACAUCUAAUGUGUUGCCUUUAAUAUUGUUAUAAAAAAAAUGAAGUCUGUUCAUUGGCAUAUUUAUCUGAUUAUUUGAUCCUUAUGCUGGAGGGCUGCCCCUCUCCUCCUCCGACUUUGACAAAUCAUAAUUGCCUAAGUCAUAUUUGAACGUUUUUGGAAAAUGAGAAACAACACAUUUUUUGGUAUUGGUAUUUUUUUAUUGAUAUUGUAACAGUAAGUCAAAAAACAACUUAUAGAAUUAGGCUAACGAAAUGUUUGUCUAAAGCGAUUAACAGUAUAACCACAGCAUGUUGUUGUUGUUCGGUAUCUUAAUACUUUGUUUCAAUUGAGUCACUCUGGCUUUUGCGCUAAAUAAUGUAUGUAUAUAUGCUUUGGCCGCUUGGUGAUAGUAAUUGAAAUAUUCAUAUAUCUCCUCACCAACUUCUGAGGAAAGCACCUACUAAGUGCUGGUCCAUUGUUGGGGUAAAAUAAUGAACAGGGAUCAAUGUUUGUGUGACCACAGCCAGUAAAACCUUUAGUGGCUUUAACUACAUUGCACUGUUUAUGUGGCUGCUUUUCAACCGCACCUCAGUAACAGUCACCUCCAUACUGCAUGCUGUUUCUGAACGUGUUGGUUUGUCAGGUAUUACGACAUGUCAUUGAGUCAAGUUUUUUCUGUGUGACUUCCACCUUUUAAACAUUUCAGUGUGAAAUUUAACGUGAAAGUAGAGCAAAGCAAAUGUGUUAACGGCAACAAGAAACAAGAAAAUGUUGUAUUUGCCGUUUUUUCUUUGUUUUUUUUUUUUGUUUUUUUUGACUCUGUGCUGUACUUAAUAUUCAUGCGUUAGAUUGGGCUCUGGUUAUCUUGUUGUACCGUGGGACACUCCUAAACGGAUUUAACCCGGCAAUCACAUCUGCACUCAAUCAUCUGUUGGAUAGGACCCCUGGGGCCAGCUUCCGCCCCAUCUGCCCUCCACUGUGCAUCAGUGAGCCUCGACUGUCCAUGGUUGUGUGGCCUGCAAAGUGUUUCUGACCACUACCACCUUCCUUGGACUUAUUUUAAUAUGUGCUGAUCAUUGAGGACCGGGAACACCGUCUCACAUAAGCUUCAUGAGGUUUUGAUUUUGAACAGUCACGUGGCCAGUUAUAAAAGGGUGUGCACAAGUGUACAGUUGUUGUCGUAACUGUAUAAAUAAAAUGUAUGGAA